AGCCCGGCUGUUCAAAGAAAAACCAAUACCCCAAGGUAUAAUAUUUAUAACACACGUCAUAUAUUUACGUCGAUAUAGGUUGAAGUUUGGUUUAGGGUUCAACCCGGCUAGAACAAACUCGCCUUGCCUGGUAUAUACACGACCGCCAAUCAUCAAAUAGAUCGGAAAGGCAUAUAUCGACGUCAAAGAACUCUAGCUAGCCAAUUUAACAAGAAUAUCUACAGAUCAUCAAUUGAAGAACGGCCACAUUUUAGCAUUUUUAAGUUGACAACACGGAUUACGUUUCAUGCCGCAACAGGUCUUUUAAUUAACAACGGAUUUUAGUCCACGCGUUAUAAAUCCCGACCGACCUCAAUUGCGACAUCUCGCAACAGAUGUGGCAUAUUUACCACCACUAGGUCGAAAGAUAAAGGCGACAUUUGCCAUUUUGCGUUGGAAUAAGCAUGGGCGUCUUAGAUGGGAGCGGAAACGGUAGUCGAUCGUCUUGUUUAUGAUUUCGUUUGGAAGAAAGGAAACCUUCGAAACUCUUCUGAGUUUGGAUUUUAAUUUGGAAAUACAUUGAGGGAUGUUUGCUGGCAAGAAAGGAUCUCUUCAGUGAUUUUCUUGCUUUGAAGCUGCGUCUAUUUUCAUUGUGAUAUGAUUAUGUCGAAUCCAUUUCUCCAGGCGACAAGUUUGUGCCAAGCAAUUAUUGUUCAAGGUAUUGUAUGCGUGGAUAACCCGUGAAGUUCUCAAACAUCACACAGCCUUUAAACGAUUCCCGUCAUCGUUUUUUUUUUAAACUUCACAUGAACAGAAAAGUUUUAAACUAAAGUGAGAGAGAGGGAAAUAUCUACACGACUAUUUUAAGAUCCUGAGACAUUUGAAAUUAUCUCCUGUUUUAUCAUAAUUUGUUUCCGAAUUCUGAUAACUGGACAUUUACCAAGAUGGGCUCGUACGGAUAAUUUAACGACAUUCUGCAUUUAAGUAAAUAAUUGAAUGGAUUGUUUUAGUACGUAACCCUGUACGAAACCAUGGACGAUUCACGAAUCCGCCACCUCUUCGAAGUCUGCGACCUCAACGGUAGCGGAUACAUCGAGUACGACGAUCUCCGUGAUAUAUGUUUAGGGAGCGAUCUCGAGAUCACGGACGCGGAGCUCGGCAGCGUCUUCGACGAACUCGACACCGACCGCGAUGGGAAGAUAAGCGCUGAGGAGUUCGAGCAGGGCUUCCAAGGGGUAGAGGAACUCCUCCGACGGAAAGUGAAGAGCAGUGGCGGUAGUGGUGGUGGUGGAGGGGUGUCGAGAGGGGGGCAAGACGGAGUGGAUGGGGGUAAAGAUGGACCGAGGAGGGGGCAGAAAAGGGGUGAGAACAAUAACGGUGUGACUGGUAAAGAUGGAAAGGUUACCCCAGCCUACACGGCGUGGCAAGGUCUGGUUACCAGCCUCGGACCUGGUGUUACACUCUUGCCAAGCCAAGACCAAAUUUGUGAAUUAUACCAGCAGCUCCAUUCGUCAGAGGUGCCUCAAAUCCUCCGGCAAUACGAGUCCGUCAUCUAUGACGUCAUAAAAGAUCUCAGGCAGUACCAAUCAGGGGUCGAUAGGUUGGAGAAGUCAUUAAAAAGGACGAAUGAAACCAACACUGAACACCUCCAGCAGCUGGAGUAUGAGAUGGAGGUUCAGAUGACGAGAACGGAGGAGCGAGUCAGAAAAGAGGAAAGGGAACGGAUAGAAUCGGAAAAAGCCGAGAUUCAAAAGCAGCUUGAAGCAGAGAUUCGGGAGUUAAAGAGUAAUCUCAAUCAAAUACACACAGCCGAAGACAAAGCAGAGAGGAUAGACACAUCUCGGGAAGACCUGCUCCACUCCCUCAAGAAGGACCUGGACCAGUUAAGAAGUGAGAACAGGAGUCUAAGGAGUAGUCUAACUGAGGCCCAGACCAACAUCGUCCUGUCCAGAAGUGAGCUUGUCACACUGAAAAGCGACUUUGACGAACAAAAUGGUUUCAUAUCAAAUAACCGUGACGUCAUACAGGAUUACAUCGGAGAACAGGACAAUCUUACCAGGCAACUCCAAUUAUUACAUGAGGCUAACAAGAAACUCCAGGAUACGAAUGAUGAUCUCAGAUCUGCAUUGGAAAAUGUGUCGAGAACGUCUCGCAUGUCGCCUCGUACAACACGUCUCCUAAGCUCAGCUUCGUUCAUGGAUGAUUACGUAGGUGAUGACGUCAUUGUGGACCCGUCGAGACAGCGUAAAUCGUACGCAUCCCAGGGCUCUUACGACGGCUCGGAGAUGCACGUGACUGGUGGGAGACGCCAUUUUGCUUACCAAACUACAGACGGUGAUAAUUAUCCUGAUGAUGGAGCUCUCAUACAAAAAUCAGGAGCAAGAAAACUUCUUGAAGAAUUUCUAGACUCUGGAAACUCCACUCUCCGAGACCCCAAUGAGCUCGACUCAGAAACCGAAGAAGAUUUGAGAAGAGCGCCACCAUUGAAGGAAGAAAUAGCAGUGUCCAUGAAACAAGAAAUGAAAGACGCGCAACGCCAGGGCUCACACCAUCACAUGUCACACGCUACGUCAUCACAACAUUCAACCAAUAGCAGAGGAGCAGCGAGCAUAGGCCGCCAGGCGUCACAGUAUGGGGAGCCAAUUAGAGACACGCGUUCCUUGUCACGUGGUAGUUCUCCACGGUCUAGUGGAGGUGGUUCGAGAAAGCGCGCUCUUCCGCAACUACCACAACAGGUUACAUCCGUGGUAAAUAAUCUUAUGGAAUACUUUGAAACUGAGCCGCUGUCCCCGACACCGACAGCCCAUCCAGAGCGGAUGUAUAAGAUCGUCUUAGCCGGAGAUGCGGCAGUAGGCAAGUCCAGUUUCAUCAUGAGAUUGUGUAAGGGAAUCUUCCAUAGUAACCUCAACUCCACGUUAGGCGUCGACUUUCAAAUGAAGACAAUCGACGUGGAUGACCGAGUCACCUCGUUACAGCUAUGGGACACUGCCGGGCAGGAAAGGUUUCGAAGUAUUGCUAAAUCUUACUUCAGACGGGCUGAUGGAGUACUGCUUCUCUACGACUGCACUUGCGAGAGAUCCUUUAUCAACGUGCGGGACUGGAUCGAGGCAAUUGAGGAGAGUUCACACAAGCCUGUUCCAGUCAUGAUAUGCGCUAACAAGUUGGAUGCUAGGCCAUUAGCCAUCGCAGAGGGCGUGCGUUGUGUACGAACAGAAGACGGACAGAGGCUUGCAACGUCUUUCAAUGCUCUUUUUAUUGAGACGAGUGCUAAGGAGGGAUCGAACGUUGAAGAUGCAGUAAUCGAGUUAACUAGACAACUUCACAAGAGAGAGGAUUUGGAGGUAAGCUCGAGUGGAAUAACACUCAACACAGACACACCAGCGAAGAAGAAGGAAACGGGGUGUUGUGACUUUUAAUCCUAUAGAUCUUCAUUUAGAAGCACGUGUACGAAACUUGCCGAGACAACCCGAUAUAUGUCGAAUGUAGCCGAUGUGUUUAGAAGACGGUAGAGACCCCUUGGCGAAACUUCCCGAGACUAUCCGAAAUAUGUCGAAUAUAGCCGAUAGUUUUAUAUAUAGGCCUAUACUGCAAACACCCAUGUGAUGAAACUUCCCGAAACAUCCUGAAACUUGUCGAAUGCAGUUGAGACAUUCAAGAGUGGCCUACGAGGCGAAACUUCCGACCUUAAACUUGUCGAAUACAGCAAAGCCCUUGAAAAAACAUCCGACGUGCCGAAACUUCCCGAGAUGACCUAAGACAUUUCGAAUACAGCAGAGUUAUGGGAAAAAUUUCCGACGUGGCCAAACUUCCCGAGAUGACCUGAGACUUGUCGAAUACAGCCGAGUCCUUGGAAAAUCUCCGACUUGGCGAUACUUGCCGAGACUGCCCGAAACAUUUCUCUAAAUACAGCUGAGGCCUUGAACAGUAACCUACGUGUUUGACACGUCACAUGGACUUGGAUAUAUGUAUUUUUAAAAUCAUUAAGCGAAAUUACAAUGGUCAUAAUUUUGAUAUUCCUUGUAAGGUUGCAUAUUUACUAUUUUUGAAUCACUUCAGCAUCAUGGUUUAAACAAAUAUUCACCUAAGCGUAUGUUGAUAGGCGUCCUGUAUUUAUAGCUGUAAAUCACUUUCCUUUGCGUUUUACUACAUGUAAAGCUUUUUUAAGCAUUAUAUUUUUAGCUGACUAUGUUUGUAUUUAGUGCUUGUGUAUUUUACUUGCCCUUGUAUAUUACAUUCCAAUUUUUAGUAUGGUUAUAGGCGGUGCAAUAAGCUGGUAAACGCGUUGGGUUGCUUGACAUUAAUAUGAAGUGCAGCAUUAUAGAGCUAGAAAAUACUGAUUCAAAUCAUUUUAACCAUCCGCUUUUAUACAUCAGACAAAGCUUUUAGGCCGUGGUAUCAGAAACUAUAUUUAAAAGGGCGGGUGUUUUAAAAACGCAAGGCAAUUUUCAUUAGUUAUAUGGACUGAUACUUCGACAUGAACUAUACAUUUCAAAUUCAAUGAAUUGUGAAUUGUUUGCAGAAAACUUAGUCUUUAGGGCAACGAUGAAUACAGAUUAAUAUCAUUUUCUUGCUUUAGAUUUAGUGGGUCUUGGGCCUUAAAUUGGUAAUAAGUCCUAUAAAAUUGUAUUUAUUUGUUAUUUUUUAAUAUUUGUGUAAAUGUUAUUGUUUGCCAGGUGGUGUGUUAUUUUAUUCUCGCCUCAGUAUCUGUACAGUCCACCAAUACCUAUUGCUGAAUAUCUGCUUCCACUUUUAUUCUGCUUUGUUAUCACGUAUUAUCUCCUCUAAAGCUAAAGAUGUGUAAAAACAAUCGUAAUGCGAUGUCAACAGUCGAAACUAAAAGCUGUCACGACUGAAGUAUGUUAUAUUUUUUUGACUUUCAUAUCAUAUCCGCAUUUUUUCUUCCACCGCUCAACUUAAGAAAUAAAUGGCACAUUUCAAACGUCUUCCUGCAAUUAACAACUGAAUCAUGUAUACCCUCGCUGAGUUUGGUAAUUUGAUUUGAUUUGUUCCGAUUUAUGUUUCCAAGAAUGUGACAUGUUAUAGCUUACAUCUAAAAGUAUUUAACAAAUGCCUUUAUUAUUAUUAUUUUUAUUUAUUUGGCAAAACAAAAUGUAUACAUUCAAACAGCCCACCUUUCAUGAUUGAGUUAUGAAAGACAUUGAAACCAUCAGAGCGACAAGGGGUAUGACUAAUUUUGUUGUUUGCUAUAUAUCCUAGCCAUAAGGCUUCAUCUAGUUUGGAGUUAUACCAUAUAUUAAUGUUAUACUUAUUGUAGAUAUGUAGUCGUAUGUUACUAAACACAGGGUAACUACUCAUGUUUCAAUUCGGUCAUCUUAUGGUCCUUAGAUAAAUGGAAAGAAAUAUAGUAAAUAAACUCGAGGUGUUCAUGGAAAACAAUUAAUUCAUGUAUCAUUUGUGAAAAGGGUUAAUUCGAGAUGCGCAAAUACACCGGCUAUUUUUUUUAAAGCUGACUUUGUAGAUUAUAUCCAGGAAUUUUUACUAGCCUCCUAUUAUUUCAUGUACAGAUUUAGUUCUUAUUGUUUGAGUGGGCGUGAUUAUAAUAAAAAGAUUAGAAAGAGAAAUGGAAAUGAUGAAUUAUUCAUUUACACUAUUUUCAUAUCUUUCUUCAU